GUGGCGCAAGUCCCGGGAUCGCUCCGCUGAAUCCGCCCGCGCGUCGCCGCCGUCGCCGCCGCCCCCCGUCCCGGCCCCCCCCGGGUUCCCUCAGCCCAGCCCGGUCCAGCCCGGUUCCCGGGAGGAUGAAGUUCGUGUAUAAAGAGGAGCAUCCGUUCGAGAAGCGCCGCUCUGAGGGCGAGAAGAUCCGAAAGAAAUACCCGGACCGGGUUCCGGUGAUUGUAGAAAAGGCUCCCAAAGCUCGGAUAGGAGACCUGGACAAAAAGAAAUACCUGGUGCCUUCUGAUCUCACAGUUGGUCAGUUCUACUUCUUGAUUCGGAAGCGAAUUCAUCUCCGAGCUGAGGAUGCCUUGUUUUUCUUUGUCAACAAUGUCAUUCCACCCACCAGUGCCACAAUGGGUCAGCUCUAUCAGGAACAUCACGAAGAAGACUUCUUUCUAUACAUCGCCUACAGUGAUGAGAGCGUCUACGGUCUGUGAAGCUGCUGCCCCUGAGGUGGGGGGUCCCAGCCUACAAAGAGAGAGGUGGCCCCCCUUCCUUGACCUAGUCCUCCUUCAGGCUCGACCACCACCUCCCUCCUUCAGGACCUGCACUUCCUAACGUUCGAGGCUCUCCUCCAGCCCCUCUUAGCAGGAGGGCUCAUGGGGGAGGUGGCUUCUGGGACCUCUCCUUUGUCCCCUUUCUCUUUCCACCUUCCCCACUGUGCUUUAGACUUCUCGAUUGUCAAUCUCUGUCACAUCUAGUGAUCGUUUUGGUUCCUGUUCCCUUUCUAACUGCCCAAGGGGCUCAGAACCCCGACAUUCCCUUCCUUCCACUACCUUCUUUUUGGGGGGUAGAGGGGAGGGACUGAAGUUGUGGGGGGAAGGUAGGAGGCACAUCAAUAAAGAGGAAACCACCAA